AUGCCCAAAAUCAAGGACGGUCUGAUGGCCUGCACCCUGGCCGAGCAGACAACUUAUCUCAAUGAAAUCCUCCAGCGACGCAAGUACUGUCUUGACCUUCUCGCCUCACACGAACAAAACCACCCGGACGCACUUUGGAACCCCUCAGAAGACAGACAGGGGCCGGAACGCGAACCCAUUUCAAUCCCUGACAGAGCGAACCUGAAAUUGGCCACCCGAAUCACUUUUGACGCAAAGCAGAAGAUCAUCUGGCCUCCAAAGUUCACCCGUCUUAGCGAUGAGCUUGUCUACAUGGCGACCAAGUUUUUGAAGGCCAGUGAGCGGACACUCAAGUAUCCGUAUGACUUCAAUGACCGUGGAGAUAUUCGCGAGAAGCGAGUACCGUCCGGGGUCUCGCCACUUAACUGGGCUCACGGAUUGCCAUUCUUCCCCGUCUUCAAGGGCUAUUACAUUCUCUGUGGUCGUGAACAUGCCAAAUGGAUCGGGUGGCUUUUGAACCCGAGACUUCACAGAAUCAUGAUGGCGUAUUCCAUGUGGACAAUUGGACCGGUUGUUGCACCGGGCUCUGCGGUUCGUCUACAACGCACCGUUGAGCGUCAGAUGAGAGUUCAUAAGCCAUUGUGUGCAAAGGAUGUUGAGAGAAGGUGGGAAAAGGCCGAGUCAGCUCGGGACGUGGUCUCCAUGGCUCAUAAUGAUUUGUCCAUCGUGCCUGAGACUCAAUCCGGCGGAUACGUCUUGUUCCCUAUCUGUCGUUUGGAUGGGUAUCAUGUGCGCUGUGGACCAGACUCCAUGCACGGAAAGGGUGUGGAAGUAGGGAAGCGGUGGCUGCUUCAAUGCGGCGUCACGAACUUUGACUACGAUAAGUCACUGCGAAGUCCCUAUUCUAAUCAAUCGAACCCGGCCGCUUUUGGAAUCAAGCAUGAACUGUCGAACGAGAGACAGCAUGGAAAAGUCAUUGGCGAUGCUACGGGAGAGAUGAGUCGAGUGGAAAGCGACGAUGGUCAAUUCCCCAUCUGUCCGACGAAUGAACCAAGCGCUCAAGAUGAGAGUCGGACGAUGAAGCAUUUAACCAAGAAGCGCAAGGCCAGCACUUCUUUUGACGCCGCUAUCGAAAAUCCAGAGCGCGCACACAAGAGAAACGACCAUGCUGGCAAAGUCUUCACCCCCACUGGAACUGACAAGACUACCAUCAAACAGGAGCCUCCCAUCAAAACCGAACAGAUCUCGACCAACAUUGAAACCACCAAGUCCGAGACCACAGCUAUUACCACCACCACCAAGAAUCAAGAAAGAACCCAAUCCUUCAAUGCCGACGUUGCCGCCGGACGUCUGACCCAGAUGGUAACCACCCUCAGUACCAGGAACACCCAGACACCUGGUUCCAGUGACAAUGAAAACAGCAAUCAAACAAGCAGUGAGAUACUCAUCUCCAGUGACAUGAAUGAAGAACAGGCUUUGGAAGAGGCUCUGAUUCAGGGUGCAAUCGAAGACUCCGCCGUCGAAGCUCUUCGCGUCGCUGCCGCCGUCGAACCAGGCCAUGUCUUGAGGAUCUCCGCGCUGUUGAACCCUACCUCACCGAGCUCAGAGCAGAGUGAGCUCGAGCAAAUCGAAUAUUUCAACCGGUUAAUUGGAGGCUCUGCAUACAGAGACGAUGAAGAGGAUGAAGAUGGUCUCGGCGACGAGGAAGAAAGUUCCAUGGUCGAGAAGCACGACGCUAACCCAGACGAGUCCACUGAUUGCGCUGGAAAGCAAGGCAAUUUCGAUCAAGAUAUUGACAAAUUUGCUGAUUAG